AUGAAUGUAACCCAGUUCAGUUUGGAAUUACUUGAAGGGUUUCCCGGGAACUUUUCCUUAUUCACUCCCAGCAGCAACCUGAGCUUUUGGGAAACCAUCCACUUGAACAUCAACCUGCUGUUUUCGGGUUUUGAGCCCACGACCAUUGUCCUGGAGGUCAUUUAUUCCGUGUCCUUCAUCAUUGGGCUGGUGGGGAACAUCAUGGCUUUGAGGGCUCUCACCAGGAAGAGGAAGAAUCGACUGGCCGGGGUCACAGCGACCCGCAGCCUCCUGGUCAACCUGGCGAUCUGCGAUAUGCUGGUGGUCUGUGUCUGCAUGCCCGUCACCCUCGGGCACCAGGUCUACAAUGCUUGGGUAUUUGGAGACUUUAUGUGCAGAGCUGUCCCAUUUGUCCAGGCGGUUGCCGUCUCCGCCAGCGUCUUAAGCCUUGCAGUGAUCAGCCUGAACCGUUACUACAGUGUUCACAACCCCCUCAACGCCAGGUCUUUCUUCACCUGGAGAAGAAUCUCCUGGAUGAUUUGUGGCGUCUGGCUUUUAUCCUCGGGCCUCUGCAUGCCUUUAAUAAUCAUGAAUCAAACCGAGAACCUGGUGCUUUUGGACGGGAAGCUGACCAUCCCGGUGUGCACAGAAAACUGGCCCUAUUUGAAACUGAGGCAAGGCUACAACUUCUUGCUCUUCUGCUCCCUGUACGGCUUCCCGGUGCUCUUCAAUCUCAGCAUUUGCUUUCUAACUGCCCGCCGCCUCUGGAGUAACCAGGGCGACUUCCAGGAGGGCAACAAAAGGCAUUGGAUGGGCAACAACUCCAGGCUGAAGACGCGCAAGAAGAUUGUCAAGAUGGUUGUUGCUCUGGUCCUUCUCUUCACCUUGUCUUGGUUACCCCUGUAUGUGAUUGAUAUUUGGAUUGACUUUAAGAUGCCGAAUGCUCAGCAAGACGAUGUCCACCAAGGCUGGAUCCUUCACCUUCGAUCUUUUGCCCAGUGGCUAGGUCUCACCAAUUCUAGCCUCAACCCCCUCUGCUACUGUUUCAUGGGGAACCUGUACAGAUCUGUAAAGCGGAUCAAGCAAAGCUACAGGGACCGAUUCUCUUCAACUUUCAACCUGCACAUGUCCCAGACUCCGUCCAACUCUUCGACCUUGCUCUCUUACAGAGCUCCCAAUGACAUUUCCAAAACGGGGUUCACAGGCGCCCCAACCCUCAAUAAAAACAAAAGUGCAUCUUCUGUAACCAUUUGCGAAACAACUUUCGAUUAA